GCAGCUCUGAGAGCCAGCUGUCGUUCGCUCAGAGCUGGGUCUUUUCUCUCCCUCACUCCCCCGUUCUCCACUGGCCUCAUCACUCCAUGGGACUCCAGACCUGGCCGCCAAGCAAACCACCACUGUCCUCCAUGGCCUGCCUUGAUGUGGAGACCCCUUCCAUCUGCAGGGGUAAAUUCAAAUCAGUCCUCCAGCUCUGUCUGCAGCAGAGGAGAACUCGGGAGCAGCUUGUGGAGCAAGGCAUCAUGCCACCUCUGAAAACACCAGCGGCCUUUCAUGAGCAGAUUCGCAGCCUGGAGAGAGCUAAGACCGGAAACUUCUUAAAGCACAAACUCUGCAGCAGACCCGAGCGAUCUGAGCUGGUCCGUAUGCACAUCCUACAAGAGACCCAGGCUGAGCCCUCCCUGCAGGCCACACAGAUGAAGCUGAAGAGGGCCAGACUGGCUGAUGAUCUCAAUGAGAAGAUCGCCCAGCGUCCUGGACCCAUGGAGCUGGUGGAGAAGAACAUCCUGCCUGUGGACUCUGCUGGCGAAGAGGACACCAAUGGUGAUAAGGUAAACUACUCUAAGACACCAGAUGUUUACAGCUUUGAUGAGGACAGCAGUGAUGCCUUAUCACCAGAACAGCCUUCCAGCCAGGAAACUCCCAGUUCCACCUCGGCCUCUCUAAGAGAGUCUGGAGGGACUGAGGCCACUUCAUCCUCCUCUCAGUUAAACUCUCCCAAACAGCAAUCCCCGCCACCCAACUCACAGUCCACACCAGAUUUAGUCAACCUCGUCUCUACCAACGAGCAACAAAGCAAUCCACGAGCAUCUACACCUCAGCCAAUCCCCACUGUUGUCCCCAGUAUCACACCAGGGCCAGUUCUUGUGAAGCAAAGCCUGCCCAAGAUACCUGGCGAUAAAAGCCGCAGCAAAAAGAGCAAAGAGCCCAAACCAUGGGUGAAAAAGCUGAAGUACCAUCAGUACAUUCCUCCGGACCAGAAGCAGGAGCUCAACGAAGUGCCGAUGGACUCUGCUUAUGCCCGCCUCCUGCAGCAGCAGCAGCAGUUCCUGCAGCUGCAGAUCUUAAGCCAGCAACAGCAGCAGUACAACUACCAGGCCUUGCUGCCUGCCACAGUAAAACCAGCAACUGAGGUACAAACCAGCUGUUCCAGUGUUCUGAGUGGAAACGCUGCGUCUGCCCCUGCGCAGCCCCGCCACACUCGACCGAACCGCAAGCCGGAUCAUUUACCAGCUAAUCUGGAUGAGAUGAAGGUGGCUGAGCUGAAAAUGGAACUAAAACGCAGAUCUCUGCCUGUUUCUGGGACUAAGACAGACCUGAUAGAGAGGCUAAAGUUGUAUCAGGAGACCUCUGCUGCUACCGUGGAAACAACAGCCGUCACAACAGCCUCACAGUCUGAAAACAUAAGGCUAACCCCACCUGUGUCCCCUAUAGCCUCCAAGGUGUCCAGUCUGGGCAUAGAGGACAGUAGUAUGGCAGACAGUCCAGCAAAUCUUUCAGAUGCUCUGUCUCCAACUUACGCUGCUCCCUGUGUGAGCUCCCCUCAGAGAGCUCCACAGGAGGAGUUUCCCACAGAGACAAGGUCCUAUGAGAAGGACUGUGCCAAGGACAAACGUCUGCAUGAGAAGGACUCUGAAAAGGACAAACGUCUGCAUGAGAAGGAGCGUCAGAUCGAGGAGCUGAUGAGGAAGCUGGAGCAGGAGCAGAGGCUGGUGGAGGAACUGAAGAUGCAGCUGGAGGUGGAGAAGAGGAGUCAGCAAGGAGAUUCUCCACCUCAGCUCAGCCCUCUUGCUCCCAUCCAGGUUAAAGAGGAAAAUAGGUCCCCCUUAAACUGCUCCAUGUCCUGUAGCUCUCCUGGUCUGCCAGUGUUGGUCAAACAGGAGGAAGCUGCAGAUCAGAGCCACUUAGCUGCUCCAAAUCAAUUCAUCAUCAGCCAUCAGACCAUCAAGCAGCCUGAAGCCCUGCAGUCUGUCCAAGCUGGAGCACAGAUCCUCCUGCCUGCAUCCCUUCCUGCCUCAGCAGUCACUAUCCAGCUCCCAGCCAACGGCAUCAAAUUACAUCCUACUGUCAGCAGCGCAGCCGCAGGCCUCAUCCAGACCUCUGGACAGGUGCCACAGAAAAUAGAGGCCUCAGCAGCAUUACAACAGCAAUGCAGCACUCACACUCAGUCACUGACAAAGACGUGGAGGAUGGAUACCACAGCACAAAGCUUACUCAACACAUUCCCAGCAAGUGGAUGUCCUGCAGGAGCCGCUGCUAACCAGCCCGUCCCUAAAGGCCCGAGGAAUAAGUCUCCUGGUCCCAGCCAGCCACCGUUGAUCUUUCAGCAGCCAACAUUCACAAACCAUGUGUCAAAGUGUAAAGACCCACCCCGCUAUGAGGAUGCAGUUAAACAGACACGCAGCAUGCUAACAGCCGCUCAGGGUCCCACUGCAGCCAGCCAGCAGAUGGAUGACCUGUUUGACGUGUUGAUUGAGAGCGGUGAGAUCUCCCCCUUCAUCAGACAGGAUCCUCCCAGCCUGGACAAGCCUCUCCCUGUGACCGCCAGCGUUACCACCCUUCCUAUCAACAUGGUUUUAUCACGCCCUCCUCCCAUGGUUCAAGUGGCCCAGCUGCCUUCUUCACCCCUUAAACCCUCAACCACCUUGGCAGCACUGACCUCUGACACCCAGCUGGACACCCUCUUGGACUGCACACUAGGUGCUGACACAGAGCCACAAACACUGAAGCUGAUGGAGGAGUUACACUCACCCAUAGACGCCAUGGAUGUGGACUUUAAUGAAAACACACCGCCCUCUGCUUUGACCUUGCAUAACACCAACAUUGACAAUAUGGACUGGCUGGACCUUACCCUGUCUGUGCCAGCAGAGGGGGUCAACCCUUUGGACAUGUCAACACCAGUGGGUGUCUUCUCCUCUGACUUCCUGGACCCUCAUGAACUGUGUUGAUGGAUUUGAGGUAAUUUACAUCAAUCAACGCAUAACUGGUGUGUUAUCAAUAUAAGGCAUAUUAAUCAGUAUAUUACUUGUAUGUAAUCCAUUUACUGCGUAUUAUUUGUAAUCAAACAGUACAUUUACUCAUGUAACUGUGCAAAGAAGAGCAGGAAAAAUGUCACUUGGACUAGUGGAUUCCAGAAUGAGUGUGCAUCAGGAACUGCCAAUUUUUGGGAAAAGGUAGCGGGUGUAGAGUCAGACACACCACCUAAUGCUAACCGAACUGCAGGAGAAGCCUUCUGUGGUGUGCAGAUGGGACACAAACCCUCUAAUGGCUGAAGCAGCACACUAGCCAUGGUCAUAUCUAUGCGAGUGUCCCAUGUGUGUUUAUUGCCCAAUCAGUCACAUCCCAUCUCACUAGGAGGAGUGCAGGAUAGGAGAGGAAGGGGGUCACAGAGGUUUAAAAGUGCAGUCCGGGAAAAUAUCUCAGCUCUGCAAUCUGGAUCCAGACCAUUAAUAUGUCAGAUUUGUACUUUGUGCUCUCUGUUACCCGAAAAAUAAAUGAUUGUGUGAUAAAGAUAAAGUCAAGUUCAUCUGAGUUCGGCUCCGACGAAUCUAUCAAUGGAUGUUUUGAAACAUUAUUGAAGACGGACAAAAUCCAGAACAACUGCACUUGAACUGGGACUGGGUUCUGUUAAGGUGGAUUCUAUACACCUACAGGCCAUUUCAGAUAAAUAUCAUUUUUAAUUAUUUAAGGGAGGAAUUAAUUUGUUUCCCUGGGAGAAUAAGAGCUGUUCGGAGUUGUGGGUAGCUCUGCUCUGCUUUUUGACAAGAUGAAUCAGUCCUUUGAGGUCUGUAAACCCUCUGGUUAUCUGUGGAGACUGACAUAACAUUGGACUGCUAAUGGCUGUUUUAGAUUUCAAUCUUAAGUUAUGCCGCUGGUUUGUUAUCAAUCUCUUCUCACGUUUGUCCUCUUUGCCCUCCGAUUUUUAUGAAUGUACAUUGUUGUGUUGACUGUGGUAAUAGCAGAAAUUACAACUAUGAGAAUAGACUGUAAACACACAAGAACUAAAUGUCAAGCAUGUCUGACAGAAGUUCUUGCAGAUCAGACAAAUCUUGUUUUACUAUCAUGAGUGAUGGGAAAACUACAAAAAUGAGUGUGCAUCUGUACACUGUGUGUAAUCUUGUAAGACCAGUUGUCCUAUAAGCUUAAAAAAGGAGAAUCUUCACUUAUAGUUACAGUCUUGCUCUGUUAAGACUCUGUCCAAAUAAAUAAUAAUAAACUGUCAUAGGAACGUCAUUCGCUGCUUUAAGUCUGGCAGACUGACUCUUCCAGGGUUUAAAAUGACUGAAUUAAGGUCAGCUUCAUUUUCGGUCAGGUAGUUUAUUCAAGAAGGUAGAAGUGCAAACAUGGGCAUGAUCUCUGUGCAGAGCAUUACACACAAACACACAACCUACAGAGAUAUAACAGUAUUCAUGAGUAUGAUCCAGAGUGCAUUUGUGUUUUACCUUCUUUUUAUACUGAAAUAACCCUAAUGCAACACAGUUGAUUUGUGUAGUAGUGACACCUGCUGGCCACAUCUGCUUUUCUGUUAUGCAAAAGAUGACUUCUGGUAUGAAGGAAAUAAAAUUCAGUGUCAAAUAAACCAUUAUGCACAACACGGUGCACGACAGCAGCACAGCGUCUUGGCGCUCCGCUGCUGGAGUGGGUGGGUGUGUUUGAGCCUAAUGGACAGUGUACUGACUCUGUUGUUUUGUUGAAUUGUUACGGAUUCACCGUCUGCCUCUGCAGGUUAUCUGGAGCAUCACUUACGAACACAUCUGAAUGUUUAAGGAACUGUUGUGAAAAGGACUCAUGUGAUUGGUUCCUUUUUUUUUUUUUUUUUUUUUUUUUUUUUAGUGCCUCAUUUGACUAUUCAAAUGUCACCCUUUACGGAUUAUGUGCUGGAAUGAGAUGAUUUUGUCUUUACUAGUGUAACGCAACAGCAAGAAACAUUUUAAUGCAUAGUUUGUAUGCCACAUGUUUUACACAUUGUGUAUUUAUGUUACCUUUUAUACAAAUGUAGCAGUUCUUUUUUGUAAAUACAGAGAAUAUUUGGGAUUUCACACUCGGCCUAUGAGCAUCCGCAGUACAUCAUUUACCUUUCAGUGCUUGUCAUUAAAAAAACUGUACAACAAAAGGUUGCAUUUUUGUAGGUGUUUUUAACAAAAAGACUGUUUACAAGCCUUAAUAGAGAAGCACUGCAGUGUAUUUAAAUUCAUGUAGUUCAUGUAAUUCACUUUGGGUUAAAAAUCUAAUAUAUAAUACACAUUUACAAACACUCAGUCUGUGGAAGUCAACAUCACACAUCCCUUGUGGCUUG